UAACACUUCGCUGCCAGCUUUGCCAGUGGCCAGUAAGCACUGCCAGCCCAAAGGCCGCCUCAUAUCCCCUGCCUCUCUCUCACUGCCUCUGCCUCUUAUUUUUUACUCCAUUUCCAAGGACCCUCACCCAGAGAAACCAAGGUUCAGCCCAAAAAGAAACGGACGGAUAAUCCCUUCCAUUUCCCAUCCCAUUCGCUUCGUUUCGCUUGCUCCCUCUCCUUGUUUCUUCCUCUUUUUUCUUUCCUAUCGUUCCCCAUCAAAACCACCAAACAAAUCCACCCUCCCCCAAAUUCAUCCUCUCUCCCCUUUUUGGAUUGAGCGUGUCUUGGUUUCAGGCGCCCAAUUCGUUUUCGACAACAGAAAGUACAGAGCUUGCUGGGCAUCCUCUCCAUCGAAACCUAAUCUCGAAAAAAUAGCCAAAAACCGUUGAACCCGUUCAUCAUGCGCUUCUCAACCGCCAUUCUCUUCGCUGGCAACGCCCUUGCCGCUGUCCAGCAAGAGUGUCUCGCCAACCACCACGAGGACCUCGCUGCCUUUGCUGACUGUGCCAACAAGGGCGCUCUCUCCUACUGCCUCGCCAACCUCAAGGAGACCGACGAGGCCGCCCUCAAGACCUGCUACACCUCCGCCGGCUGCUCCUCCGACGCCGCCGCCAAGGAGGCUCACUACACCUUCGAGCGAUGCUCCGAACUCGCCAAGGCCGGAGAGCUCAAGAAGCGCUUCAACGCCGCUCCCAUGCCAGCUAUUAUUCCCCGCGUCGAAGCCGCCGCUGCCAUCACCGACGGCCCCAAGGCCACUGGUGAGCUCAAGAAGCGUGCCGAUACCUCGAGAGGAACCGACUGCUACACCACCUUCAAGAAGAGUACCGAGCAGUGCGACCUUGAGACCGUCUCGGAUAAGACCAAGACCGCCACUUGCUACAGCACUGAGAUCAGCACCAGCUCGUGCCGCGACGAGGUCCUCUGCACAACCGAUUCUUCCGCCGAUGAUAUUUGCAUGACCAAGAAAGAGAUGGACACCGCUGGUAUCAUCAUCGCCAUCGUCUUCGCUGCUUCAGCCGCUCUUAUGCUCGGCUACCUCACCUUCAUGUGCUGCCGCGACCGCAAGGAGCAGAAGCGUCUCGUCGCGAAGUCUGAGGCCGUCGCCCUGGCCCGUGCCGCCACAAAGAAGCAGCGCGCUGCUCAGCGCCAGCCCCUCAUCCGCAACGCCUCUGGCCAAUCCGCCCCCGGCGCCGGCAACCCCUUCCAGGACCGAAUCUAGGCGGAUCGGUCUCGUCGAGGGAGGGUUACGGGAACGAGUCAGCUUCACCGAGUCUCCGAAGAGUAUUCUUUUCAAAACUGAACUCUUCGGCUCGCCAUGGAGCUGCCUCUUCCCAAGCGCUCGCCAUCUCUUUAUAAUGCCUGUGUGAAUGCCAGCGCGGGGAAAAUAUCCGAGGCUUGAAAAUCUUCAAGGCCGAGGAUGACGUGUUUUUCGAUACCUUGAUAUCAGGCCCGGAGGGGAACAAACCUUACAUGACAUGUUUGAGUAUUUUGGAGCAAUGGGAAAGGAUAAAGUCUGCAACUUUGGUGCGCGAAUGUAUCUAUUCAUCUACCUUAUGAAAUGGGGAUGGCAACAGCUAGACGUUGAAUUAAAGUAUUACGUGUG